CGCAGAACAGCCCAUAGUGGUCAAUCCGCUCCGCAGCCCGCUUCUCUGUCAAACCAGUCAUAGUAUUCUAAGCAUAAUUGCGUACUAUGUUCUUCCCACAGCACUACACCUCUACCAUCCCACUUUACGGUGGUCGCUGAAAUUCGCUACUCUUUGACACGUCUCGAGUAACUGUGACUCUUUACGUGACCGCCGGUUUUCUGUAUGUGGGCUAGACGCUUGUGGUCUUAGCCGCACCCGGACAUUUCACAGCGUCUGUUGAUCGCUUGAAGCCCAUGUGCUUGUACAGAUUUCGCCGAAACUCUUUCCAGGAGUUAUUUUCCCAGCUUCGUUGACCAUUGAAUCUUCUUACGGUCGUCCGGUCCUUGCUUCAUCCAUCUUGCUUAAAUUAAGCUUGGCUAGCAGGGGCAAUGAACCUCAAACGAGUCAUUAUAGAUUAAAGCGAGGAUGACGUCGAGGCAAGAGCCAUCGAUCGCGACUACUCGCCUUCAAAUAGCAACCGUACGAUCUAGUGAAAGAAGAGACGUUUGACGGUUAAGAUGGCGAAGGUGUAUCAAGCCUGGAAGGGCGACAACAUCUUCUUGUGCUACGGCCGUUACAUCUUUGGCCCGGAUUUCCGCUCGCUGGUGCUCUCAUUCCUGCUCAUCCUCAUACCGGGGAUACUCUUCUGCGUCUUCGUGGCCGCCCAACUCGAUGGGAAGCUUCCAGGAGGCAUCGCGGUGCUGCCAGUUGCAAUAUGCUACAUUGCAUGGAAUCUGUUCAUCCUCCUCUUUACAGCGUGCAGGGACCCCGGGAUUGUGCCUCGGAAUCUAGUGCCGCCUGACCCCGACCCUGACAUGCUGGAGGCGAUGCGCUUGCAGGGCGCGGGCGUGGGGGGGAGGUUCAGUCUGCCCAGGACCAGGGAUGUGGAGAUCAACGGGUUCAGAGUGAAAGUCAAGUACUGCGACACGUGUCUGCUCUACAGACCCCCCCGCUGCUCGCACUGCAGCGUCUGCAACAAUUGUGUGGAGAGAUUUGACCACCACUGCCCGUGGGUGGGGCAGUGCAUAGGCAAGCGCAACUACCGCUUCUUUUACGCAUUCACCACGACCACCACGCUGCUCUGCCUGUUUGUCUUCGCCAUCUGCGCCCUCUACAUCAAGCUGCUCGUCGACAACGCCUACGAGCCCGGCGGAGAGCCCAGGACUCUGUGGCAGGCCAUGGCAAAAGCUCCGGUGGCCGUGAUUCUAAUGGCGUACACGUUUGUGGCGGUGUGGUUCGUUGGAGGGCUCACGGUUUUCCACACAUUCCUCAUGGCAACCAACCAGACCACUUACGAGAAUUUCCGAAUGCGCUACAAGCGAAAGAACAACCCCUACGACCUUGGCACGCUGCGCAACUUCCAGGAAAUUCUCUGCGGCCGGAUCCCUCCAUCCAAGAUCGAUUUUCAAGCCGAGGCUCCCCAGCCUGCCAAGCCCCCUGGGGCGACUUCCACCGUCUCUGCUGCUGCUGCUGCUGCUGCUGCUGCUGCUGCUUCAGGGGCAGCUGUUGCUUCUGCUGCUGUUACACCUGUUACCGCUGCAGACGCAGCUGCUACGGCUGCGCUGGAUGCCAGCAUGGUUACUGUUAACGGCGCUGUAACGGUUACCGGGUCUGGAUAUGGGAAAUCAGAGGUGGAUAGAAUUAAAAGUGCUGCUGCUGCUCCUGCUGCUGCUGCUCCUGCUGCUGCUCCUCCUGCUGCUGCUGCUGCUGCUGCUGCUGCUGCUGCUGCUGCUGCUGCUGCUGCUGCUGCUGCUGCUGCUGCUGAUGCUGCUGCUGCUGCCUCUGUUGGGGGUGCUGACAGUAGUGCUGCUGCUGGUGGGUGGAUCACCGAUGAGGGCGUGGGAAGCUCGUCAUCCGCGUUUGAAGCAGCGUACGCAGCCCUGCUGGCGCAAUACGCGCGGCAUGGAGCGGGUGGUGAGGAGGAGGAGGAGGAGGAGGAGGGUGCUGGGGAUGAGUGGUCGUCCCAUCCUGAUGUGCCUGCCGAAUCAUUCUCUGCUGAAUACGCCCCGGAGGUUGCAGCCCCUCUGGAAUCAGCCCCUGCUGAACCAUCUGCUGCGUCGCUCUCUACUGCCCCUGCUCCUGCUUCAGCUCAGGCUAGCAGCGCCUUGCACUCGGACACUCACUUUCUAGGUGCUUCCUUCCCUCUAACACCUUCAUCUCCAGCAGCAGACGCUGCCGCAGCAGCAGCAGCAGUAUCACCAGCAGCAUUGUCAACAGCACCACCACAACCAGCAUCAUCACCAUCAGCAACAGCAGGGGCAGCACCAGCAUCAUCACCAGCAGCAGCAGCAGCAGCAGCAGCAGCAUCACCAGCACCAUCAGCAUCAUCACCAGCAGCAGCACCACCACCACAGGCAGAGCCAGAACCAGAACCAACAUCAUUCCCAUCACCAGCACCAUCCCCAUUACCAGCACCAUCACCAUCACCAGCAGCAUCACCUGCUCCACCUGCAGUGGCAGCAGCAGCAAGUGCAGCUGCUGCCCUACCAUGCGGCAUCCUCCUAUCAGCCUCGCAAGGAAUCACCCGACCCUCCUCCCGACCCUCCUCUCGCCAUGCCUCGCCAUCCCCAAGGCUCGGUUCUCGCCGAGCCUCCCCAUCUAGAGGCUCCAGUGGGUGUUCUCCCCUCAGGGGGGUGUUUUCUUCGCCGUCCAGCAAAAGCCUUUCUUCUGGGUAUGAGCUAGUGGAGGCUGUGGCAUUUGCUGAUGAUGAUGGUGGAUUGGGAGCUGAUAAUAUUAUUCGUAACAGUGCUCUGGGCAGAGCAGCAGAUAGGUAGGAGUUUUGUUAUAAGCGAAUGGAUAAUAUGCAUCUGAAGCUGGUUUUGUGUAGAUUGGUGUUGAGUUAGUUUCUGUAUAGAUGCUGCUUUCACUAAGCAAAAUCUGCA